AUGAUUGUUGAAAGUGAUGGUGUUCUUCGAAUGGGUGACAGGCUAUAUGUAGCAGACGUAGAUGGGUUGAGACAUGCUAUUCUUGAAGAAGCCCACAACUCUAAAUACACUAUACAUCCUGGACCCACAAAAAUGUACCAUGACCUGAAGCAAUUUUAUUGGUGGGAAGAUCGACUGACGAAAUCAACACACUUUUUGCUAGUAAAGACUACAUAUGGCGGAGUGAGAUCUGAGGAUAUGUUGAGAGCUUGCAUUCUUGAGUUUGGAGGUAGUUGGGACACUUACCUACCUUUAGCUGAAUUUGCUUACAAUAAUAGCUUCCAAUCCAGUAUUCAAAUGGCACCGUACGAAGCACUAUAUGGUAGAAGAUGCCGUUCUCCUAUGGGAUGGUUUGAAGCUGGUGAGACUAACUUACUGGGACUCGACUUAGUACAAGAAGCUAUGGACAAGGUCCAGUUGAUCAGACAGAGAUUGCUUACAGCUCAAAUGUUUCAUGUCUCAAUGCUAAGGAAAUGUAUGUCAGACUCAUCUCAGGUGCUUGAAGCACCUGCUAUACCGCUUGAUGAGAAGUUGUCUUACGAGGAGGAAUCAAUGGCUAUUAUUGAUAGACAAAAUGAGAGAAAACCCCGCGACUGCGAAGAAACAGUUGCAAUUCCGAAGUCUUCCCAUUUCUACUGUCAUCGCAAUUGCGAUGAAAUUAUGAACAGUGGACCCUCCAUAAAUGCCACCAAAAUGAUCGUAAAUGCGAACCCCGCAAAUGCAAAGAAACAGUCGCAAUUGCAAAGUCUUCUCAUUUCUACUGUCAUCGCAAUUGCGAUGAAAUUGCGAACAGUGGACCCUCCGCAAAUGCGACCAAAAUGA